UCGGAAAAGCCUAUAAAUAGGCAAUCGUUGAGAUCCCCCAAGACACCACACCACAUCGAGAGAAAUCGAUACACUGAAAGGUUGAGAACGAGAGGUAGUCGAGAGACACUCACUGUCACACACACGCUUACUCACCGACGCUUCCUAGUUAGAGAGAAAAUGGCGCCCUUCCCAGUUGUUGACAUGGAGAAGCUGAACGGUAAAGAGAGAGCAGCCACCAUGGAGAUCAUAAACGAUGCCUGUGAGAACUGGGGAUUCUUUGAGUUGCUGAAUCACGGGAUCUCUCACGAGUUGAUGGACACUGUCGAGAGGUUGAAUAAGGAACAUUACAGUAAGUGCAUGGAACAGCUGUUCAACGAAUUGGUGGCAAACAAGGCUCUUGAAGGGGUCGAAAAGGAGGUUACCGACAUGGAUUGGGAGAGCACCUUCUUCGUGCGCCACCUCCCGGAAUCGAACUUGUACGAGAUCCCGGAUAUUUCCGACGAAUACAGGCAGGCCAUGAAGGAGUUUGUGGCGGAAUUGGAGAAACUAGCAGAGCUACUCCUAGACUUGCUCUGCGAGAAUCUUGGGCUGGAGAAAGGAUACCUCAAGAAGGCCUUCUAUGGGUCGAAGGGACCCAACUUUGGCACCAAGGUCGCCAAUUAUCCUCCCUGCCCUAGACCAGAGCUGAUCAAGGGUCUUCGAGCCCACACGGAUGCCGGUGGCAUCAUCCUACUCUUCCAGGACGACCAGGUUAGUGGUCUCCAGCUCCUCAAGGACGGAGAAUGGGUGGACGUCCCUCCGAUGCGCCACUCCAUCGUGGUCAAUCUCGGUGACCAACUCGAGGUAAUCACCAAUGGAAAAUACAAGAGCGUAGAGCACCGAGUGGUGGCCCAGACAGAUGGCAACAGAAUGUCAAUCGCAUCAUUCUACAACCCUGGUAGCGACGCAGUUAUCUACCCGGCCCCAGCAUUGGUGGAGAAAGAAGCAGAAAAGACAAAUCAAGUGUACCCCAAGUUCGUGUUCAACGACUACAUGAAGCUCUAUGUAACGGUGAAAUUCCAGGCCAAGGAGCCUAGGUUCCAGGCUUUCAAGGCUAUUGAGAAUAGCCCCGCUAACUUUGGGGGGCCAAUUGCAACAGCUUAAUAAGCUUAUGAGCCUGCAGGUCGAGACUUGCUGAGACUGAGAGAGGGGCUGACUAGGGAUCUAUCGAUCGUCUAUGUGUCGUCACUGUCUGUUCUGGUGGUUCCGUAUUAAUUGUACUACUCAUGCAUCUCUGUGUUUAAUUGUGGUUAUCAUCAUUUAAUUUGAUGUAUGUUCACAUGGCAUUUCUAUGUUUCAACUUACGAGAUUUGUAAUUGGUUAGAAAAUCGAAAUUUGCAAAGGAACGAAUUGAACGGUAGA